AUGCCGCUGGCAGGUGAUGACCAAGGCAGAGACGAGUCCAAGCUGAGGGACUUUUUCCGCCAACAUUUCCGAGAGAUCACUGCAUGGUCGCGCAAUCACGUUAAGGACUUGAUUGGGCUGCCCUUUGUUCCGCCAAGCAGCCAGCAACCGCCGUUUACCAUCGAUCAGCAGAGGCAAUCAUCUUCUGCUGCAAGAUCAAGGGAUAGAUUCUGGUCGCCGCAAAGAAAAUGGAAGCGCGGCGACCCCAUUGUCGCCAUUUUCACAAUGCCGGCGGCUCAGUCGCGCGAACAAUUGCAUGCAGGGCCCAUGCCCGCGCGUAGCCAGGCUACAAGGAUGCUUGAGACUGCGACUGCUGCUGCAGAACAAGAACUACUGGCGCUAGAUCCGCGCCGUCGCGAGGUGCUCAAUUUGCCGGAUGGCAGUACUCUGUUUGAUUUGUGUUAUCCAGGCUGGGAAGUGGCCAUACUGCCUGAAGAUGCAAUGCUGCACUUUUGGAGCAGACGAUGGCUCUUUGGCGACUACUAUGGUCAUCUACUUACCGGACGGACAUCUACACGGAUGGCAAGAGGUGCGGGUCAACCGACCUCUGCAAAAGAGCGAGAGAACCCCUUCAAUGGAGCCGUUUCUGCGCAUUCUGAUCUUUUUGAUGCCGCCGUGCCGCCGCAUGAGACACUCGAACAGAAGAGAAAGAGGGCCGGCCCAUUGACGGAAGACCAAUUACUUGCCGCGUUUCAAAAGUCAGAAGCAGCACUUCAGACUCAACAUCAAGGGCAAUCAGAGGGGGACAGACGCAAAGGAGGGCUUUUGAAUGAGGAACAGCUCCUCGCAGCAAUUGGCAAGUCUGCAGCAGCCCGCGCGGCUCAUCGGCAUGCAGUCUUUGAGCAUCGCCGCUCGUCAGAUUUGCAACAUGCUGCAGAAGCACAGCAGCGGCGGGGCGUUCCAUUUGAUGCAUAUCCAGUCAGACAAGAGGAAGAACAGAGCAAUCCGUCAGAUGAUCUCAUCAAGCUCGAAAUCAUUUCUCAGCAAGUUGUGACGCAGCAAGGACAAACAGGUCGAUUCUCUGUGAGACGAACAUACAAGGACGGUCGCACAGAAGUCUCAGACUUUUCGCGCAAUGCUGCAGCGCUAGGCGAUACAGCGACUGCGCUUGACGAGGCCGCUGCACAGCGUAUGCGGCGUGAGUUUGAUGCUUCUUUUGUGGAUUCCUCUGAGCGUACUUGA